CUCGCACACUUCACCGUACGAUCCCUAAAUUUGGGUCUCUCCUAUAAUUUUUCCUUGGUUUCUCUUUCCCCUUGAGAAACCAAUCCCCUCUCUUCACCUCACACCACUUGUAAUGGCGGCCCCUACCUCCAGAUCCGUCUUCAUCCUCCUCUCAUUGCUUCUUUUGAUCACAUUCUCUGAAGUGGCUCAGGCUUACGGAGGCUCGAAUCUUCGUCCUUCAGAUUGCAAGCCCAAGUGUACAUACCGAUGCUCUGCGACGUCGCACAAGAAGCCUUGCAUGUUCUUCUGUCAGAAAUGCUGCGCUAAAUGCCUGUGUGUGCCUUCAGGUACGUACGGCAACAAGCAAUCCUGCCCUUGCUACAACAACUGGAAGACCAAGGAAGGAGGACCCAAAUGCCCUUGAAGAGAUCGAUGAAGCACUUUUCAUAUUACAAUAUAUGAUCUUACUGUCUACUACUAAGCAAUGUUAAGCUUUGGAAGAAUUAUGAUUAAGAUUUACUGCAGCGAUUUUAGUAGCUGAAUUUAGUAAUUGAAGGAAACAUUCAGCUAUGUUCUCUUCACAAAGCAGAUACUAUUCCAAAUUGUAACUUAGGAUCUGCGCAUUUGUAGUUUUGCUGCUAUAUUUUUGGUUCUGCUGUUAUCAGCUAUGGAAGCCAGAUUAUAUGAUAUUGCUUGAUUAUUCGUAAGAU